AUGAACACAAUAGUGUCAGUUUGGGUCUAUUGCAGUGGUGAAACUAAAUCAAAACAUCCAAAAACAUCGAAUUCACUUGCUUUAGUGUUGAUCAAGGAACAAUAUGAAUCAUUGAAUGUGAGCGAAUAUUUUUAUUUGCUUGAAAAUUCACUUUUUAUGAUGAAAAUAUUGACAACGAGAUUGUUGCUUACGCGUGAUGAUGUUUUUGGGCGCAACGUGUCUCGAAAUGACGAUGGAAAUCAUGUUAAAGUUAUUUUACUAAUCAUUGUAGAUACAUGGUUUUCAAAAAGGAGAGGAUUGGCUGUCAAUGAGACACGCAUGAUGACUACUGUAAACGAUGCUAAAAGGAGACCAUUAAUAACUUUACGGAGCGACAAAAAGUUCAUGUUGACAUGGUUUCGUCCUAAAAGCGAUAACUCGUUGAAUUUUUCCGUUUGCAUUGCUGCCUUGAGGCCCGUGUCAAAAUGGUGUAGCUUGACAUUGCCACGAGUCCGUGCAAUGCGAACGGAGAAAUUCAACAAGGUGUAG